AUGAAAUUCAAAGUUGACAUGAAUGCACAACAACUUGGGCUUACCGGUACAGUAAUCAUCAACCCGAAUUUUAGUGUUAUCAUCGUGGAAGGUGGACCAAAAUCAAUAAAAUAUUAUAAAAAAUUAAUGUUACGACGAAUUGAUUGGCAAGAUACAACUAGAUUGGGAGAAGGAAGUAAUAGUGGUGUUGGUGGUAUUGGUGAUCUUCAAGAAUCUGAUGAACUGAUGAUAACCAAAGAACCAAAAGAGAACAAGUGUUCGUUAAUAUGGGAAGGUGAAGUUAAAGAACGCGGGUUUAAAGGAUUUUGGUUCAAGACUUCUCCAACAGAUAAUAUGGCUAGAGAAUACUUGAAAAAACAUAAAGCUGAACAUUAUUGGGAUUUGGCAAGCAAAUUUACUGAUGAAUUGGGUGAAUUGACUACUUUGGUAUAA